UCGUCUGCUGGUUGUUUUAGCGCGACUUUGACGAUGGAGUCGAUAUGUUAUCAAGCUACAUUUGGUGAUGACAGUAAUAUUUUAAUAGAUGACGACAUUGAAGCGGAAAAACAUUUCAAUAUAACUUAUUUGGCAUCCUUUAUUUAACAAUCACAAGAUUUGCAAUCGUUUCCUAGUACAGGUCAGCUUAUGCAUACCACAGGCGGUUUAAAGUCAAAAAGCAAUAUUUAUAUUUUUUACCUUCAUCAAGCUCUCUCAUAAUUUGUAGUCCAAUAUAUGGUAAAUCAAUAGCAGCUUCAUCUUCAGAUGAAUCUUCAUUUCCAAACAAAUUUCUCACAAUGUCUGCUAUAUUUUCCGCCAUCAUUGUUUUACAACAAGUAGCGUUUUCGUCGUGUAUUAAAAGUUACCGACUCUUUUUGCGAUCAGGUCAACUUGCUCCCAACUCUUUCAACUCCCGAGGAGCACGAGAGACCUCGAGUCAAACAAACCUACUGUGUCGUUUUCCACAGACCUCGUGCAGGAGCCAGCUGCUGCUUGUACAUUGUAUUGUCAUGUUUAGUUUUUAAGCUGCCCUCCACCUCCAUUAAAAAGAAAAGCGGUGUCCGGCCUGGAGAUUUGAGCCCAAGAUGUACUCGUUCAGGUUUCCACCGAGGCAAGACAGCGAGCAGUGUGCGGAGCGAUACUCGCGCAUGCCGCCUCUCUGGGCGAUGCUGGACCAUACCCUCGGCGUCGUCUGGAACCUGGGCUCCAAGCCAGGGGCCGGCAAGUCGGGUAUCGCGGACCUGCAGUGGGCCCUGGAGUUCCUGGGCGGACUGCAGGGCAAGGAGGGGGCUAGCGACCAGUGCGUGCAGGGGAUUGUCGACGCCAUCGGUGACCACCUGAUCGCGCGGUACGCGGCCAUGGGGGACGCUGACGGCGAGGAGCCAGGUGACGACAGGAUGAUGCAGCAGCUCUGUGACGAUGCGGAAGAAGCAGCCAGGGAGGUAUCGGUGACGUAUAGCGAAAUGCUAUCGCGCCUGCCUUCCAACACUCAAGUUCGUGGGCGCCAGCCAGACCUGCCACGCUGCAGAAAGGCCGAGACGCCGUCACCAAUACAAUCGCACCCAGAUGACGGAUUUAUUGCCAUCUCCGCGGUGGAAAAGUUUUUGGAAGAGAUAGCGGCUCAGCUCAAGAGUUGUUCCAACACUAAUCAAAGAACUGUUGAUGGCAUCGAUAGGUUCAGAUCCAAGCUGCGGGCUCCGCCGCCAGGAACACGACCAGACUCAUCGAGCACCCCAGCAGCCACACAACCAGAGACUCCGACAGCACUGCCGCCAGAGUCGCCACGCCUGCCGCAAGCAUCCUCGACGCCGAGGUCACGGCAGCCAGCGGCGCAGCGAGCACGCACGCCGAGACGCGGGCCGCCGGUACCUCCGAAGCCCGUGAGGAGGAGGCUGGAGGAACCCUCAAAUCCCGCGAGGACGGGGCGGGAGGGUCUGGAGUCCGAGGAACUUGCGAUGCCCUUAAGGCUGGAGUCGGAGGAACCUGCCAGGCCCGCGAGGGAGACAGUGACGGACUGGCUGGAUGGCGCGCUGUCCCGUCCCUCGUAGCGAGGUCUCGAGCAGACCAAAGCUUCUCGUCAAACAUGCUCAUAGACACAUCACAUUAUAAAUUGUUAUAUCUCACAAGACAUUUCUUCACGAAUGUAGCUGAAUUAAAACAUUUUAAUAUCAGAAAAAAA